AUCACAACCCAUCUCUCUCUCUCUCUCUCUCUCUCUUCGUACGAACCAAAAAUGGAACAAAACGUACCAGAUAUGGCUAGGAGAAUAUGGAGCGUGGUGCGGGUGGUGUACUGCAUGGCACGAAAGGGCAUUUCAAAGCGCAAGCUCAUGCUCGAAUUCAACCUCAUCAUGAAGCGAAGCAAGAUCGCCGGCAAGGCCAUCGGCAACCUCAUGUUCCACAACCACCACGAAGCUUCUACCUCAGCCCGCCGCUCCCACGACGGCGCCGCCACCCCUCCCGAUCACUACGAGUUCAGCUGCAGCAACAGCCCCGCGGGCCCCUCCCAACACUUUCCCUUCUAUCUCGUCAAGCGCGGCCGCCGCAGCCACGGCCACCACUAUUCUCACUUCUUCUCCUGCGCCCACGCGCCGCCCACUGCCGACGACGAUUUCGUCAAGGUGGUGCUGGAGAUGCUCAACGGCGGCGCCGGAGGCUCUGCGGAGGCCGUGGAGGCUUCGCCGCUGACGCAGCUGCCGGGCUUGGGGCAGAGCCCAGCGGUGGUAAGGCAGCUGAGGAUAACGGACUCGCCGUUCCCGCUGAGGGACGCCGACGGGGACAGCCGCGUGGACCAGGCGGCGGAGGAGUUCAUACAGAAGUUCUACAAUGAGCUCAAGCAGCAGAAGAUAAUGGAAUUAAAUUAAUGUUAUUGUUUGUUUUUGGGGUUAAUGCAGUAACAGGCGGCGGAGGCGUGUGAAUGUUGGAUUGAUUUUCUUAUAAUUAACAAACAAUAAAAGCCUAUUUAAUUACUCUUCU